CAGAGGAAUCACUGUCAUGUGUGAUAUGUUUGAACAAAGCAUCACCAAGCAAUAACGUCUACUGUGUAACGUGUAUGAGCACAUUAGUUAUCUUUUAAUGGAAUGAUUUGAUAUAGAAGACAGAAUCUGGAGGGAGCUUUCCUGUAGGACGGGCUUGUGUGAUAAGUAACCCUUGCUGUUUUCUAGACAUUCCUGUAAUUAUUAGUUGAGUGAUAAGUAGACAUGAGAGCUUUGGAGAAAGAUAAUGACCUAAAUUAGCUGCACAAAUUUCCUUAAACAUUUUACUUCCAAGGAGAUUGUGAAUGUGUGUGUGUGUGUGUGUGUACACGGAAGGAUGGAAUACAUCCACAGCACUUUACAGCAGUGUGCUCUCAUAACUACUGUCUCCUGUGAAAAACAAGCAAAUAGAGACUAAACGGUAAACAAGACAAUAUUCUUUCUCUAAUUCUUUACAAGUCAGAAUACUAACCUGGCACCCAGCACAGCUUCAGUGUUUCAUUAUUGGGCAAGCACUGAGCAAUGAAAGGCAACCCAACCCAGUACUGAUCAGAGAAUGAUUUGCAAUCAGUACUUACUGUCACUGUGUUGUUGCUUCUAGUUCCGGCAGUGAAGUGAUCUUUCCAAAUAUAAGAGGAAUAAAGAAGUCACCUUCCCAGCUGUCAACGUCUUCCAGCACAUUGAGCAAGAAUAUUUUAAGUACCACAGCAAAGACAGUUUAUCACGCAUUAGAUGAUGAUCAGCCAUGUGAUUUUUUCAAGAAAAGGAAUAGGAUGAGUGAAUCUUAUCAGAAAAGCAGUAAUAUGGAUGCUUGCCCAUCUUGGAGUAAAGUACAUCAUUCAAAGAAUUCUUCAGGAAAAAAGCAGAGUAAAUCCCAAAUCCCUGGUGUUUCUUCCCAGCUGAGAAGUGGCCUGGCGGGGGCCUCCCAGCCAGCUGGAGACAAACACAAGGAAGGCAUUUCUGCGGAAAGAAGACCUGGCCGGAAUAUACCCAGCCCCAGGAGUCAGGGGGGCUCAGGACACAAGCUGCUGAUGGACUUGGGAUCGAUGAAGAUCAUGGAGGAAGACGCUGAUGAAGACAGCGCCAGUGAUCUGUCAGAUUCAGAGAGAAUCCACAUCCCUCCCUCUCCCCUCACACCUCCAGAUCUUAAUCUUCGAGCUGAAGAAAUAGAUCCUGUUUCCUUCGACCUUCACCCGGGACAGGGCGGGGCAAGGCCGGAGUACUACUACCCAGAUUUCCUCCCACCUCCGUUCAGUUCCUGGGACCUGCGGGACAUGGCCAUGCUUCAGAAUGCAGAGUGCAAGAUAGAGGUGACCACCCGAGCUGGGAGCCUUGGAAAGUACAUGGACAGACUCAUCCAGCUGGAGUGGCUGCAGAUCCAGACAGUGCAGUGUGAGAAGAGCAGAGCUGCUAAGACAAGGCCUCCUGUCGCCCCGGGGGCCUCUGGAGCUGUGAAAAGCCCUGGGAGAAGCAAGCUACUUGCUAGUGCUCUGUCCAAACCAUUACCUCACCCAGAAGGAACUUCAAAGCCAGGCCCUUCACGAAAGAAAGAUUGUCACCAUGAGGAAGUCCACCCUUCCUAUUAUACAUUUGAGGCCUCCCCAAGACGCAUGGAUGGGCCCAGUUGGACCAGGUUGGCCUCUCAGAAGCCAACCUCUGAGAUGAAGACCGAGGAGAAGAAAAAGAAAUCAAGUAAAAGCACCAAGCUGAGACACUGGGAUUUGCCCUGCAGCGACAACAGCUCUAAGAUGGAAGCCAAUGGCAACAUCCGAAUUCCCAAACAGUCAGCCAUGUUACUGGACCCAGCUGAUCCCUGCCGCAUCCCCAGAACACAAGCCCACGCCAAUCUUAAGAAAAAAGGCAAUGUGAAUAACUGUGGUCAUGCCACCGUGUCCAGUGAGAAGAAACUCAAAACAAAUGGAGGAAAGCAAAACACAUACAGAUUAAAGUAGUAUCUAAAAUAAUAUGUUGCAGACCCAUAGAUUCCUUAACCUCUUCUAGAAGGUCCAGCAUUGGGCACCUGGAGGCUGUCUGUGAGGGCUGACGGUUAGGCGGUCAGUGGGCUCUUUGUCUAUCCCACACCCAUCCCAAUAGAAUCACUUUCAAAGGGAGAUUUUUCUCAGUAAGUCCUCCUUGAGUUAAUAGUCAAGCAAAAGUGUUAGAGCCCUUUUGGGUAACAUUUCCUCAAAGGGAUAAAAUAAUGAUGCCAUCUAGCCUAUGUGUGGAUUAGCUCCUCAUUGUCACAGGUCCUAGUGUUGGAAAUAAAGCCCUUUUGGCUACCGCC